GGCUGCUGACCGUCACCACCACUGGAAAUACUGCAACUACUACCACCAGUACUACCAGUACUACAAGUACUACUGUAAUACUACAAGUACUACAGGUAGUACACACGAUACUGCUGCUGCUGCUGCUGCUCUGGAUGUGUGACUGACUGAGCUGUGCUGACGUGAAAAUGAAGCGCUCCCUGGGGAUCUUUGUGCUUUGCUCCACUCUGAUCGGACUGGGCUCGUGUAUUCGCUGUUUCAGCUGUAAGGAUUACACGGCCAGCUGCUCCAAACAACGAGAGUGUAGCUACGACGACGCCUGUCUCACUCUCACCGAGAGAGGAGGCCAGACGUUCCGUCAGUGUCUGAAGUAUUCGGACUGUGAGUACAGCCGGCUGGCCCAGAUGUUCCCCCAGGUCUCCAGUUUCACCUUCAAGUGCUGCAACUCUGACCUCUGUAACUCCGCCCCCUCCUCAGCAGCCAGCUCUCUGAUUGGUCUGCUGGCCUCUGUGGCCGUCAUCUGGUGGUGCAUGCACUGAAGAAACACACACACACACACACACACACACACACACACACACACACACACUAACCCUGCUCUGCUGGUGGGAGCGGAGCGGCUCUGUAGCGCCCCCUGUGGACAAAACACAUGAUUAAUAAUCCAUAAUCCAUAAAUCAGCGAGCUCAUAAUCCCAGUUCCCCAGUCAGACGUCGUCAUGCUAACUGUGUGUGUUCGCAGUAAUGUUUAAAUAAAGAUUAAACUGAGCCUGUAAAUGAGU